AUGCCCUGGGCGCGCGCCCAGUACGCCUUGGCGGGCGUGGGCACGUGUCUUUCCCACAUACAAUGGAUGAACCUGAUCAGUGAAGUGAUCAGUGAAGUGAUCAGUGGUAACGUUAGCCUCUUGUCCGCCACAAUGAGACUCAUCAGCCAUCGGAUCCAAAGCAUCAUACCUCUCACAGUGACGCCUGUGUCCCGAUGUCUGUCCACCACUCCUACCACUCCUCCACAGAAGACAAAGUACGGUCCUCUGCAAGACUCGGACCGAAUCUUCACGAAUCUGUACGGAAGACACGAUUGGAAACUGAAGGGCGCUCUGAGACGGGGCGAUUGGUAUAAAACCAAAGAGAUUCUACUUCGCGGUCACGAAUGGAUUAUCAAUGAAGUGAAGGCGUCAGGUCUGAGGGGAAGGGGUGGCGCCGGCUUUCCCACGGGUCUGAAGUGGAGUUUCAUGAAUAAGCCGCCGGACGGGAGACCCAAGUAUUUGGUGGUGAACGCGGACGAGGGUGAGCCGGGCACCUGUAAGGACAGGGAGAUCAUGCGCCACGACCCGCAUAAGCUCAUAGAGGGCUGUUUGGUGGCCGGGCGUGCGAUGGGAGCCAUUGCCGCCUACAUCUACAUUAGGGGUGAGUUUUACAACGAGGCCUCAAACCUACAACUGGCCAUUCGGGAGGCCUAUGAGGCGGGUCUUAUCGGUCGCAACGCGUGUCAAAGUGGAUACGACUUUGAUGUAUACGUUCACAGAGGCGCCGGCGCCUACAUCUGCGGAGAGGAAACCGCGUUAAUCGAGUCCAUCGAAGGUAAACAGGGAAAGCCUCGACUUAAGCCUCCCUUUCCGGCAGACAUCGGAGUGUUUGGCUGUCCCACCACUGUGUCCAACGUGGAGACAGUGGCGGUGGCGCCCACUAUCUGUCGGAGGGGCGGCUCUUGGUUUGUGUCGUUCGGUCGCACCCGAAACAGCGGCACAAAGCUGUUCAACAUCUCGGGUCAUGUGACCAAUCCGUGUACUGUCGAGGAGGAGAUGUCUAUACCAUUGAAGGAACUCAUAGAAAGGCACUGCGGAGGAGUGAUCGGUGGUUGGGAUAACCUGUUGGGUGUCAUUCCUGGCGGCUCUUCCACUCCUAUUAUACCGAAGAAAGUGUGCGAAGAAGUACUUAUGGACUUCGACUCACUGUUGGCCGCGCAGUCAGGUCUGGGAACGGCUGCUCUCAUCGUAAUGAACAGACAGACAGAUGUGGUGAAAGCCAUCGCACGACUCCUCACUUUUUACAAACACGAGAGCUGUGGCCAAUGUACGCCAUGUCGGGAAGGGGUGGGCUGGCUCAACAAGAUCAUGUGGCGCUUCGUGGAGGGCAACGCCACCGCACCCGAGAUCGACAUGAUCUACGAGAUGAGCAAACAGAUCGAGGGACACACCAUCUGCGCGCUCGGGGAUGCCGCCGCCUGGCCCGUACAGGGUUUAAUUCGUCACUUUAGGCCUGAAAUCGAGGCCCGAAUCAAGGCUUACGCUGAGAGCCAGGCGUCUGUCCGGAAGUCAUCAACGGAAAGACGUCCCUCACGUCUGGAUCUAAGCAAAGCAAAGCCAAAGCAAUCGAGGGAAGAGGACAAGUCGUGGUCUAACCUGAGUCCUAACUUACAGCCCCCGACACCACCAAUUUUGGCCACAAAUGUCACCUCCGAUGUCUGCCUUCCGGCCUAUUUUGGGGACAGAUAUGUAUUGGUGUCUCAGUUCGAGACGAGUAAUCUGUUUCGUUGUAUUGAUAUUCAAACCAACUCUGAGUUCUGUUGCAAAAUUGUUCCUACAAAAAGCUAUCACCAGUUCCUGUCGGGUCACUUGCGAAUGGACGGCCAUUCAGCUAUCAAUCGAGUGGAGGAGGUUCUGGUGGCCAAACAACACACAUAUGUAUUAUUCGCGCCGGCGUUCGGAGACUUGCAUUCAUACGUGAGGAGCAAAAAGAGAUUACGAGAAUCAGAAGCCAUUCAUUUGUUUCAUCAAAUCGUUACGAUUGUCGCCGAUUGUCAUAAGAAUGGAAUCAUUUUAAGAGAUCUUAAACUCAGAAAAUUUUUAUUUGCUAAUAAAGAAAGAACUGUGUUAAAACUCGAGACUCUGGAAGACGCGGCAGUUCUGGACGACUGCGACGACGAUAUGCUGAGCGACAAACACGGCUGUCCCGCAUAUGUGAGUCCGGAGAUACUGUCGGUGAGCAGAGGCACCUACUCUGCCAGACAGGCCGACUGUUGGUCGUUGGGAGUGAUAGUGUACACACUCCUUGUGGGCCGAUAUCCGUUCCACGACAUGAACCCCUCUCUCUUGUUCUGUAAGAUCAGGAGAGGAAUGUAUGUGAUUCCUGACUCUCUCUCACCGCACGCCAAGUGUCUCAUCCGUAGUCUUAUGCGACUCGAACCCAGCGAACGACUUUCUGCUGAAGACAUACUAUCGCAUCGUUGGUUCAAAAACUACCGGUCCAUCAAUAAUUGCAAACAUAACAAGACUGCCACCAAUGCCAACACCGCCGCCAGUAACCAAACUGCAGCCCUAACUACCAGUGCCUCGUCCUCACACUCGACUCACUCAAUGGACUAUAGCUGCAAAUCUGUUCACCUUUCCUGCGAUCAAACAGUUCCCGAUCUUAUCGACAAUGACUCCGACACUGAAGACUCAACUCUCACUCAAUCAUUGACUUCUGAUGUUUGAGUGGUAUUUGGUGUGAAGUGUUGACCAAAAAGAUCAUAAAUCGGAUUAAUAAUGAACUCAACCGUAAACACUGAACUCACUCUUAGUUUGUCUUUAUUUGAAUAAUUAAUUAUAUUUGUACUUAAAAUAACUUAAUUUAAUAUAUGAAUGACUCGAACUAUCACUCGUAAGCUUUAAUGUUAUAUAUAGUAAUUUAAUAGACAUUAUGUUCACUCAAUUCCUCGGUAAUCGUCGACUUAUGUUCAUUUCAAGACAUUAUCCAUAAUAUGUAUACCAAUGUAUACCACAAACCAAUUGUCAUAUCUUCCAAAUAUAAUUGAUAUUCCAAAGUAUGGCCGCUAUUAUCAAUUCAUUGUCUAUUUUAAAUACAUUUCAUUUCAUUGCAACC